GUCAGGCUGGGGACGCGGGUGGCCAGCUGGUCCCGGACAGGGUGAAACGCGGGACCCCGGGGCGCCCACCCGCGGCUCCCCGCCGCUCUGCGCUCAGGCAGCCGCCCCCACGAGCCGGGCGGAGCGCGGGGGAGGCGUCUGCUCCGGGGACGGGGACGGGGACGGGGCGGCGUCUCCCGGCGGGGCUGCGCGGCAACCGGGCGCCAUCGGCGACGUCCUGCGCGGGAGGGAGGAAAGCCGGGCCGGCGGGCCGCUCCCCGUUCCACGCGCGGAGGACGGGCCGGCGCGGCCGGAAGGAGGCGGCGGCGGCGGCGGGACCGGCGGCGGGACCUGCGGGCACGGAGGCCGGCGGCGGCGGCGCCAUGUCCCCGGGCUGCGGCGCCAAGAGCGAGUACAUGAAGCGCUACCGGGACCCGCGCUGGGCCGAGUACGCGGCCUGCUACCGGGAGCUGCUGCACUACCGCCGCGGCCGCCGGCUGCUGGAGCAGGCGCACGCGCCCUGGCUCUGGGACGCCUGGCGCCCCGCCGGCUCCUCCGACGACUCGGCGUCGUCGGCGUCGUCGUGCGCCGGGAGCCCCGCGCCCCGGGCCGCCUCGGCCUCCCCGCUGCCGCCGCCGCCGCCGCCGCCGCCCGCGGAGGGCCCGGCCCGGGGGGCGCGCGGGUCCCGGGAGGAGCCGGCCGCGAAGCCCGGGGAUGCGGAGGCCGGGGAUGCGGAGGACGCGCCUGUGCCAGCACCGCCAGUCAAAGGCAGCAAGGAGAAGCCGGAGGAGGAGGCCGGGAUGGCGGGGACGGACCGGGCGCCCGGCUGCACCAGACCCCGCCAGCACCCCAGCGCCCUGUUUGCCCGACGGGACAGGAAGGCGGCCCGAAGUCCUCCCAGGUCCUCGAGUAGAACGAGAGAGAGCAAGCACCCCUUCGCUCUGUACGGGUGGGGGGAGCGGCGGACCGACACGGGCGGCCAGAGGACCCACAACGUCUGUGCCUCCGCGCCCGUGCACGAGAUCCAUGAGUCGGCGCUGCGGGCCAGGAACAGGCGGCAGGUGGAAAAGAGGCGGCUGGCGGCUCAGAGGCAGCGCGCGCACUCGGCGGACGCGGAGAAGGGCCGGAGGCCGGCGCCGGCCGCCGCGGACAGCCCGUGGGUCACGGAGUACAUGCGGUGCUACUCGGCCCGCGCCUGACGGGGCCUCGUCAAUAAAAGAGAGAAAAGAACCAGAACUGCAGGCUCCCAGGGGCGCGGGGCGCGGGGUGCGGCCCGGCCCCCUCCCACCCCCGGCCUGGGCAGCAGCACCCCCGGAGCCAUCGACGGGGAUCGCCCCUGCGUCUCAGCUCCUCCUUUAGGGUUGUGUCUCGAAGCAUCUUCAUCCUUUAAGACACCGACACCCAACGCCUUUCCGUGGCUGGAGAUGCUCCAGAGCCGAUGUUUGUCCUGGAAGUUUUGGGCCUGAUCGUCCCGGCUUCAAGGACCUUCCACAUUCCACGGUGGAUCCUGCGCCUUCAGCAUCGGAGGCCCCGUCUGCGGGAGCCAAGGUCAAGUCCACGGCGGCUCUGAACGGACGUCAAUGCCGCGGGCCACGGAGCCGGGAGCCGGGCCACGGAGCCGGGAGCCGGGCCGUCGUUCCGGCCAGCACUUCGGGCGGC